CACAAGACACCCAUCAAUCAAACCAAUGGCAGUGACUUCGGCACAUCUGAUCAGUUAUACCCAUGAACAUGACUUAAUACCCCUCGUGUUGGCCAACUGUCAUUACUCUUUCGAGAUGGGCGUCGGGACCAAGAUUGAGUAUGACUUUGCUGGCAUGGAGAGACAGCUUAUUGACAGGCUUCUCUACUCCAAGUCAAUGAUAGAAUUCGGCCGUUUUCUGGAGAUCGAUCAGAUGAUCUACAGGACUGAGGUUACUAAUCAGAGCGUUUUAAUGAAACUGUCAGAAAAAAUUCCACAGCAAAAUCUGAACGGAGCAGUGCGCACUCAAAUAUGUGAAGAACUAAGACGACUGCCUGAUGUGUGCAGAUCCCUCGAUAACCUGGAUAUUGCUAUCAGCUUUCUGAAAACAACUGGCGGUCAUCCCACUGCACAACUUAUCACAUUUAUGGUUGAGACAUUGCAGAUUGAAGAUGCUAUGUUAAGUCAAAAGGCACGCCAGUGCUGUGAGCUGCAGCAUACAAGGGCGUUGUGGCUUCUCUUGUCAUUCCAAAAGUCAAAGUUUCUGAUAGACUAUCGACAGAGUACAGAGGAGGUGUUUGAAACAUUACAACUUGACAUGUAUAAUGAUUUGGAUGCUCAACUGGAAGCCGGUUCCUAGAUUACAUUAAUAACCUUACCGUUGAUAAACUUACGAACAUACUGGAAGUCAUGCAUGAAUUCCUGCUACUCAGUGUGGCCAUCCGCCAAAACGAUGAAAAUGAGGAUUAUAUAGACACAAGCAGAUAUAUAUUUGUUGAUGGGUUGCGUGCAUAUGUUGAACAGAGUGUGUUGGCUCUAGAUGUUGCAACAUUGGAAGACUUUCCACGUGAUAUAUUGUACAAACAUGGAGCAAAAGCCUGGGUUUUGGCUUACACAACUUUGACCAGAAAAUUAGGGAACAGGCGGCGGUACUAAAUACGCAUGUAUGUUAGAACUGUGAUUGUUUAAUUUUGAACUGAGCAUAACUUGCACAAUUGUUUUGUUGUUGAUUUAAUAUUGUAAUAUGUAAAUUGGAAGUUUAUUUAAUUAUUAUUUGUUUCCAUUGUAAUUUGCGUGAAGAUACAUCUAUGUUUUGUAAAUAAACCAAAAUGAGACUGUAUAAACUGACUAUUUAUAUAAUGAACCUGCAAUUGAUUGAUUGUUACGCUGUGCGAUUUGAUGUAUAACUGAUAUUUCUGCAAAUUAUUUUUAAAAUGCUUACACAUGUUAUUAUUUGAUAGCAUAAUAUAAUUACUCCAACAAUAUAUGUGUUAUAUUUAACAUACGUCAGCACCACUACAUGACACAAGCAGUGUACUGAAGUGCAUGCACUUAAAUGACGGCAUUAACAGUAUAUGGGAUAAAUUACUUAUUUUAUGCUAUUUAUACCAGAUUAUCCAUUCUUAGUAUAAGUGUAAAUUGGAUAAAUACUGCUUAUGUAAUUGCAUUAUCGUUUAAACUGUGUGUUUAUUACAUGUAUGUUUUUACACUAUUCUAUUUAACAUUUUAAGAUAAUUGAUUUUUUUUGUUUUAUAUAAUAUUAGAUGUUAUUUCCAUUUAUGUUGUAUUCGACAAACUUGUCUGGGCUGGACUGAGUGUUUUACCAUUUAUAAUUUAAAAUUAUUCAUUACAAUAUUAUGACUUUCCUUUGUAUACAUUUAUAUUCUAUGUUCAUAGUGUAAUACAUUUGACGAUUUAUAGAUUUUAUUAUGUUUUAUUAUUUAAAAUGUUAAAUUGUAUGUUAGUAAGUAGUUAAUGGGAGUAAAGAAAACAUCAAAUUAUGGAGAUUAAAUGCUUGAAUUCCAUGAGUUUGCAAUAAGAUUAACAUCGACAUAUUAGUAAUGACGCAAGUGAAAAGGCCCGUUGAUUAUAUUUGUUUAUUGAAAUACUUUCAAAAAGAGUGCUUCGAAAACAUAAUCUCCCUUAAAAUGACCAUAACAGAUAAAGAUAGAUGGUAAGUUAGCAAUUGUCAACAUUACUAAAAUAUAACUUAAGGUGCAAUAAAUAGCAGAAAACACGUUAUGUACACAAAUAAUGCAUUUGCAUCAUAACGUUUUGCUAUGAUUUUGCUAUUUGGUUUCAUUUAUAUUUUAUUUUGUGUAUUGAUUAAAAAGCGCCGUGUCGUUGCUUUUCUUUCAACAUACUUAAAGCGAUUUAUGUUUUUAUCGGCCAUUGGUAUGAUGUAUCGAUGAGCUGCUGAAACUUUUGUUUGUUCAUUAAAUUUGUUUAUUGCAUUACAUUGAGGUUAAACCUAUAUCUUUAAUUUAUGUUAUACAUUUGUUAUUAUAUAUAUUAUUUUAUAUAUACGGACUUAUAUAAACAGUUCGACUACUC